AUGCACCCCACUUCUGGAUGUUGUCUCUCUAAUCCAUUCUUGCCUUCUAGUGCUGUUAACAAAGAAAGGCACUUUUCUUGUGAAGAUUGUAAUGGGAAUGUCAGUGGAGGCUUUGACGCUUCAGUGUCUCAGAUUGUUUUGUGCCAGAAUAAUAUCCGUAACCAGGCCCACAUGAGCAGAGUGGUCACCCACGAGCUCGUUCACGCGUUUGAUCAUUGUCGCGCGCACGUCGACUGGUUCACCAACGUCCGACAUUUGGCCUGCUCUGAGGUUCGAGCUGCUAACCUCAGUGGCGACUGCUCACUUGUCAAUGAAAUAUUCAGGUUACAUUUUGGAUUUAAACAACACCACCAGGUAAAACCUAACACCUGAAAUCAUUUCCCCUCAAGAGUGCUAUGAGUAGAAAUAACAAAUAGAG